GAGAUUUGUUUUUCAGUGUUUUGUUGAUUGUGCAAUUUACUGUUUAAAACUUUGAGCUAGUGCAGAAUGCCGGUUGAUAUAUUGGGAUAUGCUUAUGCCGCCACGGUUGCUGCCGGUGGCAUCAUGGGCUACGUGAAAGCUUCAUCCGUCCCGUCACUGGCCGCCGGAGUAACCUUCGGGAUAAUCCUUGGAUACGGCGCCUAUUUGACGUCACAGCAACCUCCACGGCCGUUGCUGCAGAUUGGAACAUCUCUAGUGCUGGCUGGAAUGAUGGGCUCACGGUGGGCUCGUUCCGGGAAGUUUGUUCCACCGGGAAUUGUGUGCGUUAUUUCGUGCGCAAUGCUCGCCCGAGGAUUGUUGUUCCACAACCGUUAUCUACCGUUGAUCGGUAAGACUGAAUAGUUUGAGAGAAAAAUAGCACGGUGCACGGAUGGUGCACAUCGCAAACGGUGACGGUAUUCCAUAGUUCUUACGUAUCAAAAUAAUGGUUUGGAGUAAAAG